AUGGCAAGCAUGACUGCCGUGGGUCUGGCCGGCCUAGCUGACCUGACCAAGUGCCAUCAAACGAUGGACUGGGCACGCAGGAGCUACGGCACUGCUCUCCGUCUGACGAAUGACGCAUUACGGGAUCCAUCCGAAGCAGUCAAGGAUACAACAAUGCUUUCGAUUCUCGUCCUCAACACGUAUGAGAUGCUCACCGGUCGAAGCCCACAGACAGUCCGGGCAUGGCAAGAGCACCUAAACGGCGCUUCUGCCUUGGCAAAGAUGCGCGGCCUCGCCCAGUUCAGGUCGAGGGCCGGUGUGCGUAUGUUCAUCAUGCUGACGCACAUCGCGUUGACCAGCUGUAUCCAAAGGAGCUUGCCAAUGCCCCCAUCUCUGGUCGAACUUCGCAACCAGCUGGGUAUGCUUUCGCCUCCGGGUGACCCGAAUUGGCGAAUGUCGGGACCUAUAUAUAGAGUCAUGCAGCUGCGGCACGACAUCAAGCGUGGAAAGCUCAGACAAACAGAAGCAAUCGUGGACCAGCUGGCUAAGGUCGACAAUGAGUUUGUCGACAUUAUCGCAGACCUCCCAGAAUCGUGGCAUUACCGAUUGGUGAACCUCUCACAGUCCCACCCAGCAGUCUUCGAUGGGUUCCACUGCCAUGUGUAUCCUGCAUUGGGCCUUGCGGCUACAUGGAACGGCAUUCGAUCUCUGCGAAUGUUGGUGCACGAGACAAUCAUUGGAGAGCUCUGCAAAGAUCUCGGCGAACAACCAAUCCUCUCAUGGCCGUAUGAGGCAAAAUUCCAGCUCGCAAAGUCUGUAGACGCGCUAGAGAAGCUGCGCGAUGCCAUCUUGGCUAGUGUUCCUCAGCACUUUGGCGUCGUCAACUACAAUGACGCGAAGCCGGAGGACCGCGGGUUGCCAGUCACCCUCGUCAGGGCACGAAGGCCACCAGUUCGCGUCGUACCAUCGCCGGCAACAUCUGCGUCAUCCUCCCCAGAGUGCCCAUCUGCUGAUUCUCCUCCCCGCCCUGGAUCUUUCAGCGGGCCUACUCUUCACGAUCCCAUCCAAAUGGAAGGGGUGAGCAACAGUGCGGAGCGUUUCAUGAUACUUGCUUCGGCUAGCAACACUAUUGUGUGGCCGCUAUAUCUGCUAGGGGUCUCGUCUUCCGGUACACACGAAGUAAGGGAAUAUGUAAUCGACCGCCUGCAAGCGAUACUCAAAGAGGCGAGUCUUCAGCAGGCUGGCGGGGUGGCUCAGAUGGUUCGGAAUACCCAGGUUUCUAUACCCUGGUCCGAUUUGCCUUGGGAUCAAAUGCCGCAACUACCAACAUCGCCACGUGUGAUGGUGUAG